AUGAAAACAACGAUAGUAACCGCAGUCCUCAUGAUGGCAGUGAUCGCCAUUAUUGUUGUAGAGGCAACCACUGUUCCAGCAUUAGUGUGGAGUGGAAAGAAACAACUUGGUUUAUCUAAAUUUUCAUCACUGAGAAGCGUGUUAUCUGAAUCAUCAACUGUGGCCGUUUUUUUGCAUCAUCAGUUACGUUCUGAUGAAUUUUUGGAAAACUCCGGAGCCUUUAUGAAGAACCCUGAUGAAGCCAAUGCUUUCCCAUUCUUGAAGAGAGCCAUGUCCAAUGACGCUAGCGCUUCUUUCCCAAAUGUAAACGAGGAUGAAUUGAAAUCAAUUUUACCAUCUGAGUUCACUUAUACAAUCACUGACAAUAACAACAUGUCUUCCGAAAAAGUCAUCUCAUUGAAGGAUUUCUUAUCUUCUCCAAAUCAAUACUUGAGAAAAGGCGGAAAGUAUCUUUUUGUGUUCUCUGAUGUCCAUCGUAGUGAUGCAAAAGCUAGAGAUUUGUUGGCUGAAUAUGAUUCUAUUGUUCAAAACGUUGCUUCUUCAUUGAACCAAUUGACAAAUGGAGAUUUUGUUUGUCUCUUCUCUGCUCAACAAGCUACUCCUCUUUCAAAUCCUUUUGCUCGUCAAAUUCUCUCUACCAAAAAUUCAGAGAGCGAAUAUGAAGUUUAUAGAACAUUGUCUUCAAGCACUAACAAUCCAUACUCGCCAUACACCAACGGUACUACCAACAAUUUGAUGAUUGAUGGAGAAAUUGCAGCAGGAACUCUUGUUGGAUUAUUCCUUUUGUUCUUCCUUGUUAUUGCUAUUGUUUUCCUUAUGAAUUUGAAGACAUCUCCACACAUUACUGACCUUUCUAUCAAUGAGGAAAAGAAGAAUAACUAA